CAUAGAGACUUGCAAGAAGUUGCACGCGCAUGCGUAUAUGUACAGCAGGAGAAAAUGGCAGCGCUCGUGCUAGGACAGCAGGUUCGCCAGUUCAGCACUUCAGUGGUCAGACCUGCUACAAAGCUGGUUAAACCUCCCAUCCAGGUUUAUGGAGUGGAGGGUCGCUAUGCCACCGCACUGUUCUCAGCUGCCAGCAAACAGAACAAACUGGAUCAGGUGGAACAGGAGUUGGGAAAAGUCUCGGCUUUUGUCAAGGACCCCAAAUUUUCAAGCAUUAUAAUGAACCCUCAUGUGAAGCGCAGCAUCAAGGUGAACACCUUCAGGGAAGCCCUUACGAAGGCUAAGGUCUCGCCAAUCACGAUGAACCUCAUCAAUGUUUUGUCUGACAAUGGGCGUCUGACUCUAACUGGUGACGUUAUCAAUGCCUUUAGUAAGAUGAUGAGUGCACACCGUGGAGAGGUCCUCUGCUUUGUCACGACUGCCCAGCCUUUGGAUGAAAUGAAUCUUGCUGACCUGAAAGUUGCUCUGAAAGGCUUUCUUCAGAAAGGCGAAACGAUCAAGCUGGAAACAAAGGUGGAUCCUUUGAUCUUGGGUGGCAUGGUUGUCAGUAUUGGAGAUAAAUAUGUGGACAUGUCCACAAAAACUAAAAUUCAGAAGCUGACGAAGCUCAUCAAGGAAGCCUAAGUCCUGUGGACAUGGGAAAGGAUUGGAGAGGACCAUCAUCAAACAUUAACAAGUGUACGUUGUCUCCUGUUCUGCAAAUGCUUGAUCCAGUGUAUGUUGCAAAGUCCACACUGAUGUUAAUAAAACGCUAUACACACAGAA